UCAGGUACCCGUCCAAUCACUUCGGGACCCUCACCGGCCUGCAGUCUAUGAUCAGUGCUGUGGUGGCCCUUCUGCAGCAGCCGCUCUUCAUGGUGAUGCUGGGGCCCCUGGGCGGAGACGCUCACUGGAUUAACUUGGGGCUUCUGCUCCUCUCGUUCGCCGGGUUCCUGUUGCCGGGGUAUCUGUUCUACCACCGCCGUCAGCUUCUUCAGGCGAAGGCCUCGGGCAAAGCGAACGGACACACUCCCGCCGAGAAUCAAGCUCUGAGCAACGGUCACUGUCUUCAAGAAGCCUAACUCAACCGACUCGUCACAUUUCAUCAUUUAAACACGCAGCUUUUUCCGUUUUUUGCCGUGCGACAGGAUGACGGCCGCGAAAGCAGCGUCGGAUCAGUAUUGUCUUCCCUGCAAAAAAAACGACUCUCUUCCUUAGCGUUUCUGUCGUCUUUUCCAGCAUAAAUAUCUUCAAUCAGGAUGCAUUUAAUUAAACGUGUUAAAUGCGCUUAAAACCAAGUGAAAAAUAUCUGCCGGCGGGUUAAAAAUCAUUUUAAUUCGAGGGAUUAUUUCACUUACCCCACUGACGGAUAUUCUGGCACGCUUUAAGAACAUUUGGGUGUUAUUUUCAGAAAACAAAGCAUAACAAAUCGUCAAGUAAGCGCUUUGUGAUUCAAGAAUUUGUAGCUAUUUAUUAUUGCUGUCGAACGAUUUAUCACUUCCAGUAUGAAAGCAUUUUUUUUACAUAAUAUGUGUACAAAAAAUGAUUUAUAUAAAUGUACAAAUAUUUAAAUAUACUAAAUAUAUACUGUUUAAAAAAAUACAGAUAAAAA